UGCAGCGAAUGGAGACAGAUCCGUGAACACUAUGGGACGCGUUAUUGUUUCUCCUGCAUUGUUUUGUACGUAAACAAAGUGAUUUUAUGUUUUAGUUUUGAAAAAACUAAUCGAUGAUUUGAUUUCGUUUGUGCCAAAUAUGUCGGCCGCAGAGGAUGCACAGAGCCCGGAGCAGCUGAAUAAAUUUGAGAAACUGUCAGGGAGCCCUCCUCUUCGAGUGGCAGGCUCUAAGAAGAAAGUUCGCUGGCUUCAGGCUCGACGAAUCCUCGCUCAACCUUGCUCCAGCCUGCGGAUCCCUAACAGGUUUUUAAGAGAAGGUCAUAGAGCCCCGCCGGCACGGAGCGGACACCGCUGCGUCGCCGACAACACCAAUUUAUACGUCUUCGGCGGCUACAACCCGGACUUUGAUGAGUCGGGCGGAUCGGAGAACGAGGAUUACCCUCUGUUCAGGGAGCUCUGGAGGUAUCACUUCGCGACAGGGACGUGGCAGCAGAUCCAAACAAAGGGCUACAUGCCUACAGAGUUGGCCUCCAUGUCAGCUGUUUUGCACGGUAACAACCUGCUCGUGUUUGGCGGUACCGGAAUCCCGUUUGGAGAGAACAAUGGGAACGACGUCCACGUCUGCAACGUUAAAUACAAACGGUGGUCUCUGCUCAAUUGCCAAGGGAAGAAACCCAACCGAAUAUACGGACAGGCAAUGGCCAUCAUAAAUGGCUUCCUGUAUGUGUUUGGAGGGACGACGGGUUACAUUUACAGCAAAGACCUGCACAGACUGGACCUCACCACACGCGAGUGGAUGCACCUCAAUCCAUACAACCCUCCGGACGAACUGCCCGAGGAACGAUACAGACAUGAAAUAGCACAUGAUGCAGUGAGAAUUUACAUCCUAGGAGGAGGAACCUCUUGGACAUCGUACCCGUUAGACAAGAUUCAUGCGUACAAUCUUGAAACAAAUUGGUGGGAGGAGAUCAAAACGAAGCCUCAUGAAAGAAUAGGGUACCCAGCGCCUAGGAGAUGUCAUAGUUGUGUCCAGAUAAAAAAUGAUGUAUUUAUUUGCGGGGGUUAUAAUGGCGAGUUGAUCCUGGACGAUUUGUGGAAGAUCAACCUGCAGACGUUCCAGUGGACUAGGCUACCUGUAGUGAUGCCCGAGCCGGCUUAUUUCCACUGUGCUGCUGUCACACCGGCUGGCUGUAUGUAUAUUCACGGAGGCGUGGUGAAUAUCCACGAGAACAGGAGGACCGGCUCUCUGUUUAAGAUCUGGCUGGUGGUGCCGAGCCUGCUGGAGCUCUGCUGGGAAAAACUGCUGAAAUCCUUCCCUCAUCUGGCUCAGCUCUCAACCCUGCAGCUACUCAACCUGGGCCUCACACAGGAACUCAUCGAACGCUUAAAAUGAGGUUUAUCAGCCGUGCACGUGGGCGUGCGAUCAGUUACGGAGUGGAGAAUGGACGACACACCUGAGCCAGUGUCUGAAGAUAAGAAAAAUAGGAUUGAUUUUUUUUUCCCCCCUCCCAGGACAUUCCCUUUCCUUCUCCGUCUGGAAUCCAUCCUUAUAAUGUAGCCUGCCUUAAAACCAAAAACUGUGGGAUGAUUUUUUUUUUUUCCCUGUUGUAUUUUUAAUUAAUUUAAGAUAAAGUAGAACGUAGUCAUUUGGGUUCCCCCUCUCUUAACGCGACGUUUCUUUUCAGCCUUCUCUGACUGGACGAGAGAAACUCGGAUCGCCUUUGGGAUAUGAAAGCUGCAGCUGAAGGAAAUUUCAUUCCUGCUGCAACUAAGAAAAAAAAAAAAGAACACGUCUCAAAACCGAACAUGUGCAAUGCCAAGCUGGUUUGUGUGUAGCAAAGCGGAUAAUCGCUGUGCUGCGUUGGCUGAAUGUUGUGUGAAUGUUGUUUAGCAGUCACACAAACACUGCUUUAAUCUUCAUCCCUUUUUUUUUUUUUAUUAUUUCUAUACUACUACUACAAAAAAAAAAAAAAAAAAAAAGAACUGUCAUUAUCUACGGGAGGUAUUUUUCUGUUCAACAUUUGUCUGAUCCAGAUCUUUAUUCACUGUGAAUAAGGUGCUCUUUAAUUUACUUUUAAUGCUUUUAAAAAUAAUAAAAUGUUUGUUUUUCCCCCUCCUCUGCCAAAUUUGCACUCCCCUUAAGUGAUGACGUUAGAUAGUUAAACUGAUUCAGUGCCUUUUCCAGGAAUAACUUAAAUGUGCUACGUUUCAUUCUCGACAGUGUCCGUGUCAAUAACGCGCCUUGGAGUAAGCACUUUAUCUUUUUAGCUUUGAAUUAUUCUUCCAAAUCUUCAGGAUUAGGCGUAUACAGUAUAAUCCCUGACGCUAAACCUAUUAAUCCUAAUUUCUUUGUGGAAAUCUAUACUUGCAUCAGUCCACUCAUGAGGAAAUUAAAAAACUCGGUCACAAAAACAUGACGCUAGGAGGCGCUGCACUGAAUAAACAGGAUGACACUAAAUAACCGCAAUCUGAAAGAGCAGUUUAAUGUUAAUUAUCAGAGCAAAGCUUUUCUGUGGCGGCAUGUGGUAACUAGUGGUUAGCACCUACAGGGUCUGGGUUUGAUUUCCAGCUCAGGUCUGUUUGCAUGGUGUUUGCAUGUUCCCCCUGUGCUUGGUGGGAUUCCUCCCACAGUCCAAAGACAUGCAGAUUAGGCUAAUUGGCGUUCCCUAAUUGCCUACAGUGUGUAUGCAUCCAGGGUGUACCGCGCCUGAUGCCCCAACACCUUCAUCUCACUAGCGUAGAGUCAGAAUGUAAGUACGGUUUAAUUACAAUUCUCUGAUGCAAUGAUUAAUUUCUUGCGGAAAUAUUGGAAACGUAAACGUUACAUUUCUUUUGCUGGUCAUCGUGAAACAUCAGACGAUCACUCGCCAUGCCAAACACCGCAAGUCAAACCGCAUGAUUAAGUGGUUUAGACGAUGACUGAGCUUUUUCAUAAGAAAGUCAAGAGCAGGACAAGUCAACUGAUACAACACUUUAAAAUAAAAGGUAUCUUUAAUAGAAAGAGCGAAGAGGACGUCUGAUCCAAGCACUCAGCACCGUACAGGUGGGCAGGGUGAUUAAAGAUAACCAAACCGUACAUGUGAAUCUGAAGCAAGUAUAGAGAGAGACCCAGCACUUCAUUUCUGCGAGCACUGAGCACUAAGACACGCAUCUUAACAAAGCUACUGUAGAAACGCUGUAACGUAACCAUAAAUUCUUCACUAGUAGCAGUUCGAGCAACCGAUAUUAACUGAGCAAAAGAUGAAUAAAUAUCGAUCAUGAUUGAUUAAUACCAAUUAGGUUAAUUGUGAGUGUCAGGAUCUGGUUAAUUAGUUUAACUGGACAAAGUCCAACUACUUUUAAUAUGAAGCUCUAAGCCAGUCAUUAUCAUCCUAUAAUUUAAACUCUGUUGCCUUUUAAAGCUAGUUGUAUAUUUUGUCUUUAAUUAGCGUUAGGACUACAAGGACACGUCUUUUUUUGUCCCUUUUUAUUUUUCUCUGCAUGCCUAAACAAAUGGGUUUUGAGAGUAUAAAGAUGAAGCAUCCCACUAGAUUCUGACCUGCUCCCUGCGAUGUGGUUUUAAGGCAGCACUUGCAUAAUUGUGUUUAUUUUGUGUUCAUGUUAGAAAUACCAAUAAAUUUAUUAAUUCAAUUA